UGUGCGGAUGCGGAGCUGGUUGCCGGUUUGGAGUGCGCAGCCGCCGCUGGUGCCCUGUCGUCCGUCGGGUGGAGCGGCUGAGGUCUGACAGUUGUUGGGUGGAGGCGAGGGCAGGAAGGGGAGAGCGAGAGAUGAGCCGUUCGGCGCCGCUGUGGGUUCGUUAAGCGGCUGGUGUGCUCACUGAGCUCGGCCGGCAGGAUGAAUUGGAUUUUCCCGUCGUCCAAAGGCAGCGGUGGUGGCUCCGGGCACCUGCAGCCUCUCACCAGUUUACAGCAGCAGCGCCAGCGGCAGAUCGAGUCGGUGAAGAGCUCGCAUAGCAGUAUAGUGGAAAUACAGAAGGAUGUGGAAUACAGACUACCGUUUACAAUAAACAAUAAAACAAUCAAUUUAAACAUCUUACUUCCUCCUCAGUUUCCACAAGAGAAGCCUGUGAUCACAGUUUUCCCUCCAGUGAGGCACCAUCUAGUAGACAUACAUUCUGCGAAAUAUGUGCAAAGCCCACUAAUUACAAAUUUCACAAUGCAUUCAGACCUUGGAAAAAUCAUUCAGACGAUCCUUGAAGAAUUUUGGAAGAACCCUCCAGUGUUGGCUUCAAGCUCACCAUCCUUUCCAUAUUGUUUUAGUGGUCCUGCUGCUGUGGCUCCUUACUCCCCUCAGGGAUAUCCAUUUAUUCCACCAUAUCCUACUCAGGAGUCUACAGUUUCGUGUCCUCCGGAUUCAGUUACAGGCCCAGGCUUUAGUAGCUCUAGACCUGCUGCUCCUACUUAUGGAUUGAUUACAGAUUUGCCUUUACCAGUUCCCACAACUGACUCAUCAGAACAGUUAGGUUUGAAUGGUCAUAGUUACAAGAUGCCAGAUCUCCCUGACCACUUUGCAGAGCUCCAUGAACUCAGUACUGCACAAUUGACUGAUUUAAAUGAGAAUGAAGUUUUGCUACUGGAGCAUUUCAUCAGUUUGCCACAAUUGAAACAGAUCUGCACGGACAAAGAUGAUCUGAUUAAUUACAUCGAGGAGCUAGCAAAAAAAAACCUACAACUUGAACCUAAGCUGGAAGCAGAAAGACAAGAGCUGUUAGAUAAAUAUGAUCAGCUAACUCAACUGAAAAGUAAUUUUGAGAAAAAAUUGCAAAGACAACAUGAACUAAGUGAGAGCUGCAGUUUAAGUGCCCUGCAGGCCAGGUUGAAAGUAGCAGCUCAUCAAGCAGAAGAAGAAUCUGAUGUGAUUGCUGAUGAAUUCCUCGAAGGCAAAGUUGAAAUUGAUGAUUUUCUCAACAGCUUCAUGGAUAAAAGGACACUUUGUCACUGUAGACGGGCAAAGGAAGAGAAGCUUCAGCAUUUAAUGACACAGCAUGGACAGUACCUCACAUAAUAGCAGUUUUAGGUUUGAAUUGAAAUGCCUAUUCUGGACAAGAUGGAAUACAUUUAACUGCGAAAUGAAAAUUACAGCUGUAUCAGUACAUUUGAUGAAUGUUAUAUAGCAUGAUCUUUUGAAAUGAUGUUUUUGUAAAAUGUUUCCAGUAUUAAAAUGCAGUUCAAAAUAAUCAAAAUUUAACUAAAUUUGUUCCCGUAUGAUUUCAAUAUUCUUGGUAAAUACUGUUAAGUUUGUAAGUAAUAACUGUGGAUUCCUGUAUUAAAUAUAGCAUUAAUCUGUAAAUACUGAUAAUUGCACUGUUGCUUUAAUCUUCAAAAACAGCUUUCAACUGGUUUUGGUGAAACAAACUGAAAAUUCAGCUCAGUAUAAGAAUUCGACAUUGCUGUGGCACUCUGUAGGUUGCAACAAGCAGUCUCAAGGUCAUACUGAAAUAUUUUAUAUAACUUAAAACUAGAUGAAAAUCAUUUACUUUGUAAAACAUCUGAAGUAAUGUCUACAUACUCUUUAAAAUUCACUUUAAUUAUGGAAAUGCCACAAGCUACAUCACAUUUUUGUAUUUAUUUAAUACAUUAAGCAUAUCAAGAUGUUACAGUAAUGUAAUAUUUUUCUAUUUAUAACAUGGUAAGAUAUCACCGGAUUGCCAGGAACAAUAAAUAGC